GUCUGCCGUCAUGGGCUAGAAGGAAUAGUGAUUACAUGCUCCAAAGUAGCGUUUCUUUUUGUUUGAUUUGGUUUGCCGAAACUGCAACUUGUCAAGCCGAGCCGGAUAUAUGCGGCUCUACUCUGCGUCUUCUCUCGCUAGCCAGAGAUCUCUGGGCUGUGAGGUACGGACGGGCAAUAAUCGGAUAUGAAGACAUCAAAGCUCGGGUACUCAGUGUCAUGAACAAUGGAUUAUCGUGGACCAAAAUGGCCUCGGGUCUUUCGAUCUGAGCGCCGGUCAACAUUUACACAGAAGAUCGCCCAUAAAAGAAUAACCAGCGCAGAUUCG